AUGCGAUUCACCGCUAUUCUUUUAUUUUUUAUUCUAUUGCGCCAUUAUAAUAUCACUGAGGCACUGAAUUGCUCAAGAUCCUCGAUGUGUAUUAAAGAGCUCGAAAUGCUGAGAAUCGAAGAAAUCAAGAGGAACAUUCUAGCCGAACUCGGAAUGACGCAUCCGCCGACAAUUGAGAAGUCGAAAAUGCCGUCGCCGAAAUUGCGAGAACAGUUCCGAAAACUAACCGAGACCGAGUCGAAAGAUGAUGAGAGCGACAAAGAGACAUUGCUGAUUCCGUCGAGUGAUCCAUCCGGUGGAGAGGAUCGAUCGUCGCUCGUCGCCGAAUUCGACGUCAAAGAGAAACUGUACAAGCAAAGUAUUCUGGAGGCGAAACUGUCGUUCUAUUUGCGAUUCCACCGAAAUCUCUCAAGAACUGAACACGUGCAGGUGCAAAUCUAUGAGAAGGACACCGACGGUCAACUGGCCGGUUCCGUCAUCACGGCGGAGGUGGCUGUUCGAGGAUCGCAGAGGGUCACCCUCAAUCUUCCCAUCGAUUAUGUUGAAAGAUGGUACACUUCUGAUCCGAUCCAAGGACUUUUUGUGGCGGCCGUGUUUCGCGGCCGAAAUAUCGCUGUGCAUCCACAGCAAACUCAAGAAGAAGACGAGAGUAUGAUUCUUCAAUUGACCGUUUCACGAAAAAGUCGAAAACGACGAACGACGACGCCUGUGUGCACACUGGAUUCGCCGAUUUCGGGAUGUUGCCUCUAUAAUCUCAUGAUCGAUUUUGAGAAGAUCGGAUGGGAUUGGAUUAUUGCGCCGACGAAAUACAACGCGUACAUGUGUCGAGGCGAUUGCAAAUACAAUGCGCAUCAUUUUUCGAUAUCCGACACCGGACACAGCAAGAUAAUGAAGGCGGCGAUGCGAAUGAGCGACAACACGCGCAGGAUGCUCGACACUGUCGGAGUGUGCUGUCAUCCAACCGACUAUCGAUACGAGUAUAUUCGAUUGAUAUACGUGAACAGGGACGGUCGUGUUUCAGUGGCCAAUGUGAACGGGAUGAUCGCGAAACGAUGCGCGUGCAGCUAA